AAUCAACCCAAAGAAAAUACCCAGACCAAACAAUUAUUUUGAUUUAACUUGAACAUCUCUUCAAGGAAACGAAACAGAUCGCAGGUACUAGAAACUCACUGAAAUCGGAAAUGAAUGCUAGUGCUACAGUAGCAGUAGGCUCUUGCCUCUCAACCUCCAAGCCAUUGAGCAUUGGCUUAAGUCCGGUUCCUAUCUGUUUGCGCCGCAGGAGGAGGUGUUUGAUGAUUGAGGCGGAGGUUGAGCUAGCCGCGUCGGAAGCCCAAUCUGCCUAUCGCCGCCUCAUUCUACUUCGCCAUGCCAAGAGUUCUUGGCAACAUCCGGCUUUACGAGAUCACGACCGUCCACUCAGUAAAUCCGGGCGAGCUGAUGCAGUGGCGGUUUCUCAGAAGCUCCAACGAAUUGGUUGGAUCCCUCAGCUUAUUUUAUCCAGCGAUGCCGUGCGGACCAGAGAAACACUUAAAAUCAUGCAGGAACAGGUGCGUGGUUUUCUGGAAGCAGAGGUCCAUUUUAUUUCUAGCUUUUAUUCCAUUGCAGCCAUGGAUGGGCAGACUGCUGAACACCUCCAACGAACUAUCUGUCAGUAUUCAAGUGAUGAAAUACUUACCAUCAUGUGCAUGGGGCAUAAUAAGGGAUGGGAAGAGGCGGCCUCCAUGUUUGCUGGUGCUUCCAUAGAGCUCAAGGCUUGCAAUGCUGCUUUGCUUGAAGCUCCUGGAAAAUCUUGGGAAGUGGCAUUUUCUGUAGCAGGGUAUGGUGGUUGGAAGCUUCAAGGCUUAGUGACACCCAGUAGUAACCUGUAGAGCAUAGACAAUCCGAAAGUCCCCCCCCC